AUGACUGACACUCCAAAUGCUGAAGCGUUUUGGGCCGCUUUCCAGUCUUACCUAGACCACUUUGAGGACUUUGUCAACGCUGGAACAUAUGGAUACUAUUUGCUGGGGUCCUCGGCAGCUGAGAACGGUGAAGCUUCUUCCAAUGACACUGACUACAACUUCCGCAUGGUCUCAUUUGUUGCACCCAACAUGACCAUUCCACAGACGCAGAACCUUCUCAGACCUUGGUUUAAUACCCUCAAUACCCUUAACGUCAGCUUCACUCCCGUUUACAGCCAUGCGGAUAGCUUCUAUGAAGUCUGGGAGGAGGAUAACUUUCCUCUGGAAACAGGUGGAUUAGACAUAUACAAGUUGGCUUCACGUCUUCUGCCUCGAAAUGUCUUCGAAAACGAGGACCUCCGGAACAAAAACUUCCUUGCCCAAAGGGACGCUAUUGAGAAGGUAUGCUGA